CUGGCCUGCCGCUGGCGGUGCCCCCCUCGCGGGGAAUGGUUUCUCCCGGCUCCCCGCCGUAACCUCCCGCUCCUCCUCCUCCCGCUAGUGCCCGGCUCGCCAGGCGCCGGCUCGGAUGCUGCCGGCCGGGAGAGCCUCGCUGCGCUGUCCGUGAGGCGCAGGGCGCUGCGCCCGGCCUGGCCCCACGGCACCCCCGCGCCGCCCGGGAGGACCGCAGUGCUCGGGGCCUUCCACCCUCCGCCCCGACAGAAAAACACCACCUUUCUGUUUCUGAUGGUUUGGAUACAUUCCAUAUACUUCUUAAGGAUCUGCCCACCAGUUGGGGAAUGUUAGAAGACGCCAGGAGAUCAAACCUGUCAGCAGUUAUUAGAUAUCUAUCAGUUCCAGAACUAAUAUUUGCUACAGCCAGAGAAUGAAAUGAUAUGACUGGAGCUUUAAAGAACUCAUCUUUUCUUAGAACUUGGAACAGAAUUUGGGCUCUGCUUCUGCACUUAUCUUAGGUUAUAAUGCCAUCCUUGCCUAAUGAAGGAGAUAACCAUGGGACUGCUUCUCUGACUUUGAGUUCGGAAUUACCCUACCAAAGCACAAUUAAAAGAAAAGCCAGAAAGAAGAAGAAAAAUGGAGUCAUAACUGCAAAUGUUGCUGGCACAAAAUAUGAAAUUGUACGUGUAGUUAUACAAGAAAUGGGAUUUGUGAAGACGCGUGAUGAAGAUGAAACUGCUAAUCUUAUAUGGAGUGAUUCUGCUGUGCAACAGGAAAAGAUUGCUGAACUUCAGAACUAUCAGAGAAUCAACCAUUUUCCAGGAAUGGGAGAGAUCUGCAGAAAGGAUUUUCUGGCAAGAAACAUGACUAAAAUGAUCAGGAGUCAGCCUCAGGAGUAUAGUUUUAUUCCUCGAACAUGGAUCUUCCCAGCAGAAUACACACAGUUUCAGAACUAUGUAAAAGAACUGAAGAAGAAACGUAGACAGAAAACUUUCAUAGUCAAACCAGCUAAUGGUGCAAUGGGACAUGGGAUCUCUCUAAUAAGAAAUGGAGAAAAGUUACAAGCUCAGGAUCACUUGAUUGUUCAGGAAUAUCUUGACAAACCAUUCCUUAUGGAAGGCUACAAGUUUGAUUUACGUGUCUAUAUUCUUGUAACCUCCUGUGAUCCACUGAAGGUAUUUUUAUAUCAUGAUGGACUUGUGAGGAUGGGCACGGAAAAGUAUCAUCCCCCCAGUGACUCAAAUUUGAGUCAGUUGUACAUGCAUCUGACUAACUACUCUGUCAAUAAGCAUAACGAGCACUUUGAGCGGGAUGAAACAGAAGACAAAGGAAGCAAACGCUCCAUAAAAUGGUUUACUGAGUUUCUAGAAACAAACAAUCUUGAUGUCUCCAAAUUCUGGAGUGAUAUUUCAGAGUUAGUAGUGAAGACUCUCAUAGUUGCAGAGCCACAUGUUCUUCAUGCUUAUCGCAUGUGCAGACCAGGGCAAGCACCAGGGAGUGACAGUGUCUGCUUUGAAGUCCUGGGAUUUGAUAUUCUGCUGGACAGAAAACUAAAGCCAUGGCUCCUAGAGAUAAAUCGUGCCCCAAGUUUUGGAACUGAUCAAAAAAUAGACUACGAUGUAAAAAAAGGUGUUCUGCUAAAUGCAUUAAAGCUUCUCAACAUAAGGACCAGUGAUAAAAGAAGAAAUUUAGCUCAACAGAAAGCUGAGGCUCAAAAAAGACUGUAUGGUCAAGGUUCAAUGAAAAAACUGUUGCCAGGUUCCUCAGAGUGGGAGAAGCAGCGUCACACACUGGAAAGGAGAAAAGAAGAACUGAAGGAAAGACUUGCACAAGUACGUAAACAGAUUUCCAAAGAGGAGCAUGAAAAUAGACACAUGGGGAACUACAGGCGAAUUUACCCUCCAGAUGAUAAGACAUUGCUUGAAAAGUAUGAGAGUUUGCUAUCCACUGCUUUCCAGACAUUUCUUGCUGGGAGAGCAGCUUCACUUCAGAGAGAAAUGAAUAACCCUUUAAAAAGAAUGAAGGAGGAGGACAUUUUGGAUCUUCUGGAGCAGUGUGAACUAGAUGAUGAGAAACUAAUGGGAAAAUGCACCAGGCAGCGAGGACCGAAGCCCUUAUGUUCAAUGCCAGAAAGUGCACAACCUCUAAGAAAACAUAGGAACUACAAUAGUGACAGUAGCUGUGAUAGCAGUAGCAGUAUGUCAGAAUCUGGAGAAGAAACUGAAAAAGAAGACCACAAUGAAAAAAAAGAGAAAAAAGUUUCAUAUGAUCUUGAAGAAAAUAAAUACAAGUCUUUGGAACGAUCAGGUAGAAUGAACUGGAAACCUUCGAUUAAAAAUAUAAAAUCUCCAUCAUAUUCAUCCCCCACAUCAUCCACAGGUCCAAUAAGGCGUUCUAUAAGCUGCCCUCGUUCAAUAUCAGUAUUGACUAUGCAGUCACAAGCAGCUGAGCAACGUCCCUUUUCAGCCAAAACAUCUCUGCAAAUCCAGCGUGCAUCCUCAGUCAAUAGGUCUCACUCUUUAAAUCGCAGCCCAACUUCAGCCAGAGUCUCUCAGACACCCAGCUUGGGAACUAUGAACUCUUCAGGGAAUGAGUCAUUGCUGCAACAGAAAACAAAAGAGCAAGAAGUUGCUUUGACGAAAGAGACUCUUCUCAUUAUCAAUGACAUGAGAAUGAAGUUCCCAGGUAAAACAGAUGAGGAAUCAGAAUUAAUUAUAGAAGAUAUUAUGGAUAAUUGGAAGUAUCAUAAGACAAAAGUGGCAUCCUAUUGGCUGGUAAAACUGGAUUCUGUAAAGCAACGAAAAGUUUUGGAUAUAGUCAAGACAAAUGUUCGUGCAGUUCUACAACAUGUCUGGAAGGUUCCAGACAUUGAAAAUUUACAUCUCUACCGUCUCAUUAACCGUGUUUUCAAUCGCUUACUUUGGAGCCAUGGUCAAGGUUUAUGGAACUGUUUCUGUAAUUCAGGGACUUCUUGGGAAACCAUAUUCAGUAAAAGCACAGAGGUGGUGACUCCUGAGCAGCUCCAGUGUUGCCAGCGAAUAGUACAGCUUUGUAAACACUGCCUGCUGGUGGUUUACAAAUAUUCAUCAGAUGCAAGAGGUUCCCCAACUGGGAUAAGACCCCACUGGGAUGAUACAAGAUCCUUCAAAGUCACUGAUUCCAGAUUUGCAUUCCUAGAGGUAUUUAUUGCCAGGACCUUCACUGUUCAUCAUGAAAUCAUCCUUGUCCAACCUUAGCUGCAGUUCGUCUGGAGUGUCCCGCCGUAACAUUUUGUUCACACACAGAUACAGUCACUUGUGAAGCAAAAGGAAAAUCCUUGUAAAAAAUGGCAUUCCGUUUUUUUUUCAAAUUGAAAGUUGUGAUGGAGCUAAAUACACUGUUAUGUAUUUACUACCAUAUUAUGAUAACAUUUAGCUGAAAACCUGUUGUAAAAGCAUAGUUUUUCUGAAAGCAUAAUAAACAGUGUUAAGUUGUUUACACACACAUGUGAAAGUGUAGAUCUUGCUAGGUUUAUAAGUAAUCCCUCUCUACUAGAAAUGUUAUUUUUGCUGCAGAAUAUAUGAAAUAGAAGUGAUCUUGAAGAUCCUAUUACAGUGUUACAUUAUUUUCUAAGUACAAUACUUUGACUUGAGUAUUAUUUAUUGUAAAGUAUACUAUUUAUUGUCUCAAAUGUAAUUGAAUCUUUAACAAGGAAGAUGAUUAAAAAAACUGUAGCAGAGCAGUAAAAUGGCAAGUUAUCAAAAAUAAUCUGAUCACUUCUUGGAUAUGUGUAAAGUAAUCCCCAAAACUCUGUAAGCCAAACCUGAAACAGACAUGGUUUUAUUUCUCCUCUGAAAUGACAAAAUCUCUUUAAUGCUGCUGUUUCUCUUAAAGGACAUAUUUUAAGUAUCUUCAAGUCAAACUGAAGGCAGCUAGUACAGAAACAGUGGAAAUGCCAGUUUAGACGUUCAGUUUCUAAUUAGAUUGUUAUAAUAAAAUGGAAGCCAAUGUUUGUUACCAGAUUUUCAUUCACAUUACCUGUGUCCUGUGCCUUUAGAUUUCCUUUGGGAGCAAGCAGUCAUCUCCAACUUGCACAAGCAUGCAUAGUGCAUAGUUUUGCUGUUUUAUGGCACAAGUGGUAAAGCAGACAUCUAUAGAAAAUACUGCAGCUAUAAUGUAUUAUUUUAACCUUAAACUAAUUGGUUUGUAGUAGUUUUAGCAUACACUCCAGUACCUACUGUAGAAUGGAUCCUUGGAAUGGACAGUAUUUUCCAGGUUGCUGACACCUUUAAAUAUUGGAAAUCUAAUUCAUUAGAAAGUUCUCAUUUAUAUUCAGCUUGCUGGGCCUGGCUGAAGGGCACAAAAAGAAAAUGAGCCAGAGCAGUAACCUGCUAAUAACAGGACUUGUAACCUGAAAACAUCAUUCAGGUUUUGCUACAUAUACCCAUUCAUUCCACUCAGCAUUGUGCCAUAUGAGCCUUACUCAUUAUAGAAAUAAUUAUUUAAAAAUAAAUCAGUUAAUCUAGAUUUAGAAAUUAACUGAGUUUUUUAACUGAGUAAAGAACAGAGUAGUUAUUUACCAAAGACUUGUUUACUUACCAAUCAUGUAACCCUGAAUCAUAUUUGUAAAUUAUCAGUAUAUUUCAGGUAUACUUAAAAAAAUAAUUUAGGGGCUAAUUAUCCUCAGGAGCAAGUAUUUUAGAGGUUUUUAAUAUCCAGAGGUUAAAGCUAAAUUUAUGAGAGUUAAGAAAUAUAAACCUGGGAAUGUGAGUGAGAUUUUUGAUGCCAGUGCUGUAGUGCUUUGGCUCAAGCACUGCAGGAUAUAUGAUGAUGAGACUAUUUGUAAACAGUUAGAAACAUCUCUUUAGAUUAUCCACGUAUAAGCAGUCUUCUGGUCUGGAAAAGUCUUUUUAAUUUUUGUGUUAAUACUAGUUUAGUGUUCACAUUAAUUUUAUAUCUCUUCUGGUCCAUACAGUGACACGGAUAAAGCAUAGUAUGGUUAUCUGUAAGACCUAAUAGAAGUUGUAAAUUCUCUCUUCUUUGAGGAGGCUUCCAUUGCAUUGUGCUUUUGGCCAUAGGGAUAAAACCAGCUUCCAGCUUAGCUUGCCACCCCCUUUUUUUUUUCUUCUUUCUUUGAAACCACAUGAUGUUCUCUGUUCUUGGAAGCCAGUGCUGGGACAGGUCAAUCUGAAUUGAAUACUUUGCCAGUAGAAUGAGGGCUACUAUCUGUACCUAUGUGGUAUGGACAGAUCUAGAAAAAAAACACAUUUAGCACGUACAAAAGUGGACCAGGUGCUUGGUUUACGUCUGACUUUACUUAAUAUAUUCAUAUUUCUGAUACUCUUUCCUAAAGUGGUAAUGUGUUCCUAAUAAUGUGUGAAUCAAUACUUUCAAUAAAAGUAAUGCUACACUUUCC